AUGCUUCGCGGAAACAUUUCGAGGACAAAAUGCUUCCCUGAUAAGCCAGGGCAGAGGUUUUGUCAACCAGGGCAUGGAUCCACCUUCUGCGGUGGCCUCAGUGGUGGCAGUGCGAUCCUUGCAGCCCAAAUCAGCACGGCCUUUGCGGAAUUGCGCAACGAUACCGCAGAACUUCCGGGGCGACUACAUGCCCUAAGUAACGAAGUCGCUGACAUCGAGUUUGUUCUCUACCAGGUCGUUGCGGCUUUGCAAGAGCGCAACUGCAUGUCCGACAGUGACCAAGGAUCCAUUCCCGACAUCUUCGACUACCUCGCCGGGUCUUGCACUCGAAGAAGAGUCUUGUGGAGGGCGGCCGUGUGGAGAAAGUGGCUUCCAAAGUUACAAGCCUUACAAGCCGAUGUCCGAGCCAUCAAGUGCAGUCUCAAUGUCUUGCUAGGCGCUUCAAACUCACGUGACUUGAUACGCGUGAGGCUGGACCUUGAAAGCCUGUCCAGGACGUCGUCCAACGAAGCAGAUUAUCACGCCGAUUUUCGCCUUGAAGUUUCUAGGGACCUUGCACAACAUGACUUCACCCUAGCGCAGACUGUGGACCAGGCUACCAAGAAGGUUCACAAAGUUGAUGAGCGAAUAAGCAGAAUAGAGGAACUACUCAUGGCCCAAGCAGUCAGUAUUGAUAAGUCACAGUACCCUGAAAGCAGACUCAAACCCCAGCCUACGGCGUUGGCGAUGAGACGACGACCUCAACGCGUUGCUUCCACUUCCGAUACAGAAAAGUGGGCAUCAACGCCUCAAGCGGUCGGCAUUCGUGUGAAAAAGAAUGUUGGGUUUAGACUAGUAAAAGGGUUUGAAUUACCAAGUCAACCUCCUAGGCCCAUUGCUACUGAUGACGACUGCCCGGCUGCUAAGGCUUGCGACAUACUGCUUCGAGGAAACCUCAGUACCAGCGUCAUAGAGGUCCUUCGAUGCAUAUUGAGAGACAGUGAGUUUAUCAUGAACCAAAACUUUGCGCCCAUUCAUAAGAUCGUCCUCGAACUGUCCCUCCAGGACUCCGAGACAGAGAUGCAAUGCGCCGCACAGCACUGGAGUGGGCAGCCGCCCGCGGAGAUGACCGAGCACUUUGGAGGCAAGCCCAACAUCACUGACAACAAAUUGAAUACGCCCUUGACUCUUGCUUCCAAUCAGGACAACACGCUAUGCGUUCAACUUUUGCUCGAGGCCGGCGCUCUUGCAAAUCCGGUUCUCCCUUUAGGCGUAAAACUUAGCAGCCCAUUAAAUUGUGCUGCACGGUAUGCAACUGAUCCCCUGCUCUUGAAGACGCUGUUCGACUUCGACGCUGACGUAGAGGCCAGUAGCGUCGACGGCGUUGCGCCACUAUUGCAUGUGGCCCGCGGAAAACCUGUCAGCUUUGCAGAGCUGCUAUUGGACUACGGAGCAGAUAUCAACCCAGCUUCCAAAAACGGGCUGACAUCUUUGACGGCUGCGAUCAUUUUCAACAACCAUAGCGUUCUCCGCUUGCUGCUCGAUCGAUGGUUUGAAUACACAGAAUGUCCCAGGCUCAAAGGCCAUCAUCUUCUCGAAUUCAUUAUAGAUUAUGCAGACAUCGAGACUAUCUAUGUGCCAGAAAAGUCCGCCGCCCAACUCCGUAAGCGGCUCGAUCUGACCGAUGACCGUGUACUUGCAUUCGAGAGUCUGCUCGAUGCAAUCCGCGAUUAUCCCAAGCUCUCCAAGUACCGUGAGAGCCUUGCAAAUUCAGGAGCGCUGGACUUGGAGAAAGACCCGGAAUCCAAUGGAGAAGACACAGAUGACUAUGAAGAUGCGCGUGGAAGUUUGAGCAUCGUUUCAAAUGACUUGAGCACGCUGGCCAGGCAACCUCCGAGGCCAGCAGUGGUAGUGUCUGCCGCAGAAGAACAAUGA